CGGCGGAAGCACCUCAGGGUUCUAAUUGUAACUCAGGUCAAGCACGCCAGGAGGAGGACGGGUUUACGCUGGUACGUCAUUCCGGUAGGAGAGGGGAAAGUUCGAGGAGUCAGACGGCGACAGGGAACAAGAGAGAGAGUUCCGGCCGAAACCUCCGGGAGAUCCCUCGAAUUAAGGAAACAUCGAAUAUUAUGGUUUCAAACAGUUUUGGAAGGUUGAUGGAAGAUUUGGAAUCUCCGGAGAUAAGGCAAGAAGUGGUUGGUCAAGAUGAGAAUAAGGAGAAUGAGAUUAUUCAGGGAAAUGCGAAUAUUCAGAUUCACAAAAAUCAAACGAAGAGUGUGAAUCGCGAAUCAGGAGUGAUUUUUUCGGCAGGAAAUUCAAAUGGGAGCCGACCCAAAGUAAACCCACCGAUAAUAAAGAAGCAAAUAGGAGGAUAUAAAGGCCCGGAAAACAAAAACACAAGGCCCAAAUCAGUCUCGAAGUCAAAGCCCAUGAGAGGGCUUGUGUUUGGUCCAACCGGAGGAGGGAUUGAACUGUCAAGCAACGGGAAACGAUUGAGAGUCGAACAGGAUAAUCUGGGGAAUGCCGGUGGUCUCUUUCUACAGGAUAGCCCUGUUAGAGUAGAUGGAGUUCUUCCCCAAUUGGCUGAUAAGGGUACGGAGUCGAACCCGAUCUUGGAUGUGGUGGAUGCGAAUUUGGGAAACGAUGCAGGUAUGCAUGAAGUCCCAUCGGAGAUAAUGGAGUCUCAGGAGGCGUAA